CAUCACCUCGAUUACUCUGUUGUCCAUUCCGAAGUAUUGUCAUGGGUCGAGAACUCUGAAUACAUCUAAUUAUGUUGAGCAAGGAAGUCUAAUAAAAAAAGUGCUUUCAUUAAAUAAUUUUAUUUGCUAAUAAUAGAUGAUGAAUAAAAAUAAUGUGAAAAACAAAAUCGUGUUUCAAGUAUUAUAUACAUACUGAUUCACGAGUGCGUGAGUUGUGUCGAAUUCUUCAGUGAAAGUGUUAUUCUGAGAGCUUGCGGAAAUAUUUUAAUAGAUAUAAAAUAUCGACAAAAUGACGACCGACAUUUCUAUUGUUCGAUGGGACCCUAGUCAGGGUCCGGGAAAUGAAUAUAUCGAUGAAUACGAAUAUGACGGAGGAAAUUCUAGCUCACGGCUAUUUGAACGAUCGCGUAUAAAAGCUCUUGCAGAAGAACGAGAAAAUGUUCAAAAGAAGACUUUUACAAAGUGGGUUAAUUCACAUUUAUGUAGAGUUAACUGUAGGAUUGGUGACUUGUAUGUUGAUAUGCGAGAUGGUAAAUAUUUGAUUAAACUGCUAGAAGUACUGUCUGGAGAACGUCUGCCGAAACCAACCAAGGGAAAAAUGAGAAUUCAUUGCCUGGAGAACGUAGAUAAAGCGCUACAAUUUCUGCGUGAGCAACGCGUGCAUUUAGAAAACAUAGGAUCACAUGACAUCGUUGAUGGAAAUGCUUCCCUCAACUUGGGCCUUAUUUGGACCAUUAUUUUAAGAUUCCAGAUCCAAGAUAUUACAAUUGAAGAAGUUGACAAUAAGGAGACUAAAUCUGCUAAGGAUGCUUUACUUCUUUGGUGUCAAAUGAAAACUGCUGGUUACAAUAAUGUUAAUGUGAGAAACUUUACCACUUCUUGGAGAGAUGGACUUGCAUUUAAUGCCAUCAUUCACAAACACCGUCCUGAUUUGGUGCAAUUUGAAAAGCUUUCUAAAGCCAACCCAUUAUAUAACCUAAAUAAUGCCUUUGAUGUUGCUGAAGAUAAAUUGGGUCUCGCUAAGUUGCUUGAUGCUGAAGAUGUGUUUGUAGACCAUCCCGAUGAGAAGUCUAUUAUCACUUACGUUGUUACCUACUACCAUUACUUUAGCAAGCUGAAGCAAGAGACGGUACAAGGCAAAAGAAUAGGCAAAGUUGUUGGAAUUGCUAUGGAAAACGAAAAAAUGAUAAAUGAUUAUGAACAUUUCACAAGCGAUUUGUUGAAAUGGAUUGAAACCACAAUUCAGGCACUGGGAGAACGUGAAUUUGAAAACUCUUUGACUGGAGUUCAAAGUCAAUUAGCUCAGUUUUCGAAUUAUCGAACCAUAGAGAAGCCUCCGAAAUUUGUGGAAAAGGGCAAUUUGGAAGUUCUACUUUUUACGCUACAAUCAAAAAUGCGAGCAAAUAACCAAAAACCAUACACUCCGAAGGAAGGAAAAAUGAUUUCCGAUAUAAAUAAAGCAUGGGAGCGAUUGGAAAAGGCUGAACAUGAGCGUGAAUUAGCCUUGCGAGAAGAAUUGAUUCGGCAAGAGAAAUUGGAACAACUUGCUGCUCGCUUUGAUCGAAAGGCCUCAAUGCGGGAAACUUGGCUAUCUGAGAAUCAAAGAUUGGUCAGUCAAGAUAACUUUGGAUUCGAUUUGGCUGCUGUAGAAGCUGCGGCAAAGAAACACGAAGCCAUCGAAACCGACAUAUUUGCAUAUGAAGAGCGUGUACAAGCAGUAAUCGCUGUGUGCGAUGAAUUGGAAUCAGAACGGUACCACGAUAUUAAACGAAUAUUAUUACGUAAAGAAAAUGUCAUGCGAUUAUGGACGUAUCUACUUGAAUUAUUGAGAGCACGUAGAAUGCGGUUGGAAAUAUCGCUACAGUUACAACAAAACUUCCAAGAAAUGCUUUAUAUAUUGGAUAAUAUGGAGGAAAUCAGGCAACUACUUUUAACCGAUGACUACGGAAAACAUCUGAUGGGCGUUGAAGACUUACUUCAGAAGCAUUCUCUUGUGGAAGCUGAUAUAAACAUUCUUGGUGAGCGCGUUAAGGUAGUAGUGCAAAACUCUCAGAAAUUCCUAAGCGAUGACCCAGAGUCAUACAAACCUUGUGACCCCGAAAUCAUUGUUAGUCGCGUUCAACAAUUAGAGGACGCAUAUGCUGAAUUAGUUCGACUAGCUGUAGAACGUCGAAGCCGCUUAGAAGAGAGCCGCAAAUUGUGGCAAUUCUAUUGGGAUACUGCCGAUGAAGAAAAUUGGAUAAAGGAAAAGGAACAAAUUGUAUCAACCGAUGAAAUUGGUCACGACUUGACAACAGUUAACCUGUUACUAAGCAAACAUAAGGCAUUGGAAUCCGAAAUAACAUCGCAUGAUCCUCAAUUACAAGGAGUUGCUAAAAUAGGUGCAGAAUUAAUAACCGAGGGCCACUUUGGAGCCGAUCGUAUUAAGGAUCGUUUGAAAGAGAUUCUUUCGAAGUGGGACCAUCUACUCGAUUUAACUAAGUACAGACGUCAACGACUGGAAAACGCUGUUGAAUACUUCCAAUUAUUUGCUGACGCUGAUGAUGUAGACAAUUGGAUGCUUGAUACGCUCAGAAUCGUUUCUAGUGAAGAUGUUGGGCGUGACGAAGCCAACGUACAAUCAUUGCUUAAAAAGCACAAAGAUGUUGCAGACGAACUUAAAAAUUACGCUGAAGUUAUUGGGGCUCUACAUAAGCAAGCUGAGGAUUUGAAAUUGAACGACGCUGAGAAAGAAACUGUAGAUAAACGUCUAGAAGCUAUAGAUACCCGUUACAAGGAGCUAACGGAGUUGGCCAAGCUGCGCAAACAACGUCUGUUAGAUGCACUCAGUUUAUAUAAAUUGAUGUCUGAAGCCGAUGGUGUCGAACAAUGGAUUAAAGAAAAAACUAAAAUGUUGGAUACUAUGACACCUGGAAAAGAUAUUGAAGAUGUCGAAAUAAUGAAACACCGUUUUGAAGGCUUUGAUAAGGAGAUGAAUGCUAACGCUUCACGGGUUGCAGUGGUUAAUCAAUUGGCCAGGCAGUUGUUGCAUGUUGAGCAUCCUAAUUCUGAUGAAAUAUUAGAAAGGCAAAAUCAUCUUAACCAAGAAUGGUCAACUUUACGCGAAAAAGCAGAGGCUAAGAUGGAUGAUCUUAAAUCUGCUCAUGGUGUACAAACAUUCUACAUUGAAUGUAGAGAAACAAUAUCAUGGAUAGAAGAUAAAAAACGCAUUCUUACUGAAACAGAUAGUUUAGAGAUGGAUUUGACGGGCGUGAUGACUCUGCAAAGACGAUUAAGUGGUAUGGAACGAGACUUGGCGGCUAUACAAGCUAAACUCUCUAGCUUAAGCAAAGAAGCUGAUAGUAUUGAGAAUGAACAUCCAGAGGAGGCACAGUUGAUUCGUGACAGAAUUUCCCAGAUUGAGCUCAUUUGGGAGCAGUUAACUCAAAUGUUAAAAGAGCGUGACUCAAAAUUGGAAGAAGCAGGUGAUUUGCACAGAUUUUUGCGUGACUUGGAUCACUUCCAGACUUGGUUGACUAAAACUCAGACUGAUGUGGCCUCUGAAGAUACUCCAACUUCAUUGCCCGAAGCCGAAAAACUUUUGAAUCAACAUCAAUCUAUUCGUGAGGAAAUUGAUAAUUACACUGAAGAUUACAAGAACAUGAUGGAGUAUGGUGAACGCUUAACAUCUGAAUCGAACACUUCAGAUGAUCCACAAUAUAUGUUCCUGCGUGAAAGAUUGAACGCAUUGAAAGAUGGCUGGGAGGAGUUGCAUCAAAUGUGGGAAAAUAGACAAGUGCUGCUAUCGCAAAGUCUCGAUCAACAGCUGUUUAAUCGGGAUGCCCGCCAGACCGAGGUGCUUUUGAGCCAACAGGAGCACUUCCUUAGUAAGGAUGAUACUCCAGUUAAUUUAGAGCAAGCAGAAAACCAACUUAAACGCCAUGAAGCAUUCUUAACCACCAUGGAAGCAAAUGACGAUAAAAUAAAUACAUUGUUGCAGGUAGCUGACACUCUUGUGGAGAAGGAACACUUUGACGCUGACAAAAUUGGAAAACGAGCUGAAAAUAUUGCUGGGCGGCGUGAUGAUAAUCGCCAGCGUGCAUUAGAUCAGCACGAGAAGUUAAAGAAUCAAGUUAAAUUGCAUGAGUUCUUACAGGAUUUGGAAGAAUUGGCUGAAUGGGUCCAGGAACGGUAUGUUACAUCCCAAGGCGAAACAUACAGAAGCGCUAAAACAAUCCACUCCAAAUGGACACGGCAUCAAGCUUUCGAAGCAGAAAUAGCAGCUAAUAAGGAACGUUUGUUUGAAGCUGAAAAGGCAGCUCAGGAGUUAUCUAAAGAAAAACCAGAAUUCAAAGAUAUUAUUGAACCUAAAUUAAAAGAGCUCGCUAAACAAUUUGAAGAUUUGGAGGUCCACACAAAAGAGAAAGGGGCAAUGUUAUUCGACGCGAAUCGUGAAGUUUUGGUGCAGCAAACAUGUGACGAUAUCGAUUCUUAUAUUACUGACUUAGAAAAACAAAUCGUAAAUGCCGACACAGGCAACGAUCUUACUUCAGUAAAUAUUCUAAUGCAGAAACAACAAGUUAUACAAACACAAAUGGCAGCUAAAGAACGACAAGUAGAGGAAAUCGACAAACAAACAGAAUAUUUGCAAAAGACAACGCCUUUGGAAAAGAUUGAACCAAUUGUUACUAAGAAAACGGCUGUUCUCGAUAGGUUUGAAAAAAUCAAAGCGCCACUUGUUGAACGUCAGAAGCAACUAGAGAAGAAGAAGGAAGCAUUCCAAUUCUGCCGUGACGUUGAAGAUGAAAAGUUAUGGAUUGACGAGAAGUUGCCUUUAGCUACUUCUAAAGAUUAUGGCAACUCAUUGUUCAAUGUUCAUGUUUUGAAGAAGAAAAAUCAAUCGCUGGCUACAGAAAUCGACAAUCAUGAACCUAGAAUAAUGGCUAUUUGUAAUAACGGCAGAAAAUUGAUCGAUGAGGGUCACGAAGAUGCCAAAAAGUUUGAGAGUCUGAUUAGUGAUUUAACACAAAGAUGGCAAGAACUUAAAGAUGCUAUUGAUAAUCGUAAGAAAAAUCUUUUAGAAUCAGAAAAGGUACAACAAUACUUUUUCGAUGCACAAGAGGCUGAAUCGUGGAUGAGCGAACAGGAAUUGUACAUGAUGGUCGAAGAUCGAGGAAAGGAUGAGAUCAGUGCACAGAACCUAAUGAAGAAACAUGAAAAUCUGGAGCAAUCUGUUGAAGACUACGCUAACACCAUCCGACAGCUUGGUGAAGUUGCAAGACAAUUUAAUACCGAAGAUACUGGCAGCGGCGACGCCGUAUCUGUCAAGCAAUCGCAAUUAGAUAAACUUUAUGCCGGUCUAAAAGAUUUGGCUGGAGAACGCCGCGCCCGCUUGAAUGAAGCCUUACAGUUGUUUAUGUUAAGCAGAGAGGUCGACGAUUUGGAGCAAUGGAUCACGGAUAGGGAAGUUGUUGCCGGAUCACAAGAGCUUGGACAAGAUUAUGAUCACGUAACACUACUUUCUGAACGUUUUAAUGAAUUUGCUCGUGAUACUGAAGCUGUUGGCGGGGAACGAGUUGCCAAGGUUAACAAUAUAGCAGACAAUUUGAUUCAAGCUGGACAUUCAGACUCAGCAACAAUUGCUGAAUGGAAAGACAAUUUGAAUGAAUCAUGGCAAGAUCUUUUGGAACUUAUUGAAACACGCACUCAAAUGCUGGCUGCCUCCAAGGAACUUCACAAAUUCUUCCAUGACUGUAAAGACAUAUUGAGUCGCAUAAUUGAAAAACAGCAUGGGGUUUCUGAUGAAUUGGGACGAGAUGCUGGGUCCGUCUCCACAUUGCAACGAAAACACCACAAUUUCUUGCAGGACCUUAUGACUCUGUAUUCACAAGUACAACAAAUUCAAGAAGAAUCUGCUAAGCUACAGGAUUCAUAUGCCGGAGACAAAGCAAAAGAAAUUACUAAUCGCGAGCAAGAGGUUUUACAUGCAUGGUCUAAUUUGCAGGCCAUGUGUGACGCUCGCAAACAAAAGCUUGCAGAUACUGGUGACCUAUUCAGAUUCUUUAAUAUGGUUCGCAUAUUAAUGAUUUGGAUGGAAGAUCUCGUACGGCAAAUGAACACAUCUGAGAAGCCUAGAGACGUUUCUGGAGUAGAACUACUAAUGAAUAAUCACCAGAGUCUUAAGGCUGAAAUUGACACACGAGAAGACAACUUUGCCGCAUGUAUUUCUCUUGGUAAAGAAUUGUUGGCAAGAAGUCAUUAUGCAUCUGCGGAUAUUAAAGAAAGGCUUUUGCAAUUGAACAACAGCCGAAAUGCCUUGUUAAGACGGUGGGAAGAAAGAUGGGAGAACUUACAACUAAUUUUAGAAGUAUACCAGUUCGCCAGAGACGCUGCUGUAGCUGAAGCCUGGCUUAUUGCACAAGAACCAUACCUUUUGUCUUCAGAACUAGGUCACACCAUAGACGAAGUUGAGAAUCUUAUAAAGAAACACGAAGCAUUCGAAAAAUCUGCCGCUGCCCAAGAAGAACGCUUUAGUGCCCUUGAGCGCUUAACAACAUUUGAGCUCAAAGAAAUAAAGAGGCGUCAAGAAUUAGCGGAGGAAGCUGAACGACAACGCGUUAAAGAAGAAAUGGCGGCUAAAGCAGCUUUAGAAGCUGUUGAACAGGCUAAGCGGGAAGCUGAAAAGCGUGAUAUAGUUGAUGCUGCAGCAGCUGCAGAGGAAUCAGCAGUUAUAGUAGACACAUCUAUUGAUGUGGAAAGAACUGUAGAGCCACAAACAGAGCAUGCAACUACGUCCGCUGGCGAGGGGCAGGAGGGUUACCUUACAAGAAAACACGAAUGGGAAUCAACCACGAAAAAAGCUUCGAAUAGGUCUUGGGAUAAGGUCUAUAUUGUGGCAAAAAUGGGUCAUCUAACGUUCUUCAAAGAUCAAAAGGGUUAUAAGAGUAAUCCUGAAUUGACUUUCCGUGGAGAACCCAGUUAUGAUUUGCAGGGUGCAGGAAUUCAAAUUGCUACCGACUAUACCAAAAAGAAGCACGUACUAAGAAUAAAGCUUUCUGGGGGCGCCGAAUUUUUAUUACAAGCGCACGAUGAUGAUGAAAUGACACAGUGGGUAACAGCUCUAAAGGCCCAAAGUGAUUCCGCAACCGUUGCUGAAAGCAGAUCCCAAACAUUACCAGCGACUUCACAGAAGGAUGAACCAAAGCGUAGAUCAUUCUUUACUCUUAAAAAAAAAUAAAGUGAAGGCGUUCAUUAAUAAUUAUACCAUUAAAUUUUGCUUACAAAAUUGCACGACAAAUAUGCUAAACUUAUGUAUAUGUAUCUUAUUUAUUAAAAACAUGUAUGCAUUUCAAUGUAUUCAAUAAAACAUUUAUUCCUUAAAAUCUUA